AUGGGCUCCACGGAGGAUGUCCCGCCGGUUGCUCAUUCGGAUGUCAUCAAUCAAGCGUGCGCAGUUGAGAAGUCGGUGGAGAAACCUCCAAAAGGUGGAGAGGCUUGGAGCAUUGAUUUCACGUUGCCGAAGAUGAAACGCAAAACCACCAGAAAGGAGCGGGAGGCUAUUUUAUGCAGCAAAAUACGGGGCCAGCUGCAAACACUGUCGACUUCAAGUUUCUCGAAUAUUGGGGACUCCCAGCAGGUAUUUUGCUCUGGUAACAACACCGACAGCGAAGGUAAUCGUCAUCUGCAAAUUGUCGAUGUUGACGGUAUGGCUGAUCCCUCAACUUUGAUUCCGAAGAAUCUUCCUACCACGCGUGAGGAUCUGGAGAAACGAGUAUGCCUGCGCAUCCCGAGGUUGUUGGCUGUAGCUAAGCAGUACCCGAAAAGCUGCGGUAUCACUUCACUAACCUCCGUGUGGAAUUAUCUUUAUACCCGCAUCGGUGAAAACCCAAUGGGUGCUGACCGGCCUCCUGUUUCUCAAGAGGAGGUAAUGUCCAUUAUUGGUUUUUCGCCGCCAUUUGAUGCCAUAUCGUGGGGGCCGUUCACGGGGAACGGCACACUUAUCCGAUGGUUCCACGCUCUUAACCGGCACUUUGCAGUGAAGGGACGUGCGUAUGUGCUUUAUAAACCACAGGGGGUUUCCCGCACUGCCUGUACGGCUGAAGAAGCGCUGCGGCAACUGAAGGACGUUUUACAGAAUCCCCAAGCAGCUGUGAUAUAUCAUUGCCAUAAUCAUUAUAUGGUGCCGAUCGGGUACCAGGAGAUACCCCACGCGCAGGCAGAUUGCUAUGCACCGAAUGUGCCUGAGAGUAGUUGCGACACAACCGUAUUCAUCGGUGAUGUGAGUCGGGGGCGGCAUGAGGCAAUGUACGCCCGGAAGUGGAGCGAUAUUGUCAAGGAUCUUAUGACACAAUCACCGGAGUUUUACAAUAUCCGCCGCCCAGAGUUGGGAAUACAAACACGUGUUCCCAAAAAGAAAGGGUGUGACACGGACCGUGAUCAUGAGUCGGAGGGAAAUAGAGGGCAACCGUUAGGUCAAAAAAGAGCCGUUAUUUCUGUUGAACAGCCCACUGAAACGGUUCCGCCGCGGGAUGCAGAAGCUGUUCUUUCACCAACUAGUGACCCCGACGCUAAAGCCACUGUGGGACGAGCAGGGCCGCCGCCAAAGCGGAAGGCGAAAAAGGCGGGUGGGGGAAACUUACAUUGCCUUAUUUGUUUUCGUUGUGACCAGGUGGAGGAGCGACCGGAGCGGUUCGAAACGUCUUCUAGUGACCGUGACAGUGAAGGCAGCUCUUCAUCCAGCAGUACGGGUGUUGAUGAACCUGCAGCUGAUGGCGGUAAGAACAGCACUGGAGGGAUUGUAUAA